AUGACGGCGCGUGCCAAGAAUCCCCGAUCACAAUGUAUCAAUGAUCGAGACGACGGUCGGCGAUACAAAUAUGAUGCAAACGUGCUUGUGGUUGGUGAAGCACACGCUAAAUCGCCUUUUGACAGCACAGUAAUUGCACUGGCUAAUUUCAAUGACCUGACUAGUAUUCCGGAAGGCAUGGUCGAUAGAUUCAUGAAGGAAUCUCUAACAUUUAUGUUUGUCCGUGAACCGUACGGUCGACUGUUAUCAGCCUAUGUAGAUAAGCUUUUUUCACCAAAUCUGUUCUUCUGGAAAAUAUAUGGCGGCUUUGGAAUACACGUUACGCGGAAUGAAUCAACUGAAUGUGGACAUAACUUAACAUUUAAAGAGUUUGUAAAAACAGUCUUAUACGCAGAUGAAGUCAACCAGAACAGAGAUGGGCAUUUUACCCCUUCUUAUGAGCAUUGUGAUCCUUGUCGGUACAAAUGGCAAGUGAUCGGUACUUUGGACACCCUUUCUCAGGAUAUUUUCUAUAUUCUGGAUCGCAUAGGUAGAACAGAUUUGAUGCGAUCACUAAACAAGGAUUUCCGAGAGCAAUAUUUGAACGACACAAUAUUAGACCAGUUUAAUUGGUUAUUUAGUUUCCGUGAUAACUAUGCUAAUGAUUGUAAUGUAACGUUCUAUGAAGCUCAAAAAAGACUCUGGAAACAGUUUCAAAUCCGUGGUGUUCUCACAAAAGAAUCGAAAUUUCCCCUCACUACCGAAGAGAGUGAGGGUCUCACAAAGAACAAACUAAUGAGUAUUGUGUAUAAUGCGAUGGGGAAUGCGGAGAAACGGUCCAAAGCAAGAAAAAACAAAGCAGAAGCUUUUAAAGAGGCCUACUCGACGUUAGACAGUGAAGAUUUAGAUAAGCUUAGUAAAAUGUUCAAACCGGACUGUGAUUUGUACGGAUAUGACUGUCAACCAGAGCAAUUGUUCAACACAGAAAGGACU